AUGCGGGAGCUGGCGGAGGGGACCCCGGGCCAGGGGGGCGGGCGGGGUCUGGGCUGCUGCUGCAAAGUGGCACACUACGGGGAAGCCAGUGGCCUGGUGUGGGAGACCUUCAUGUGCUUGCAGCCGGGGCUGUGGCUUGGCCCUGGUGCUGACCCUGUCCUGCUGCUCCUCACCUGUCUCCUCACCUGUAACAUGACUCUCUGUGGGCCGUGCGGUGGUACCGGGAGCGGGAGGCUGCGGCGGCAGGCUCAAGAAGAGGACAGCACUGUCCUGAUCGACACAGCCCCCCCCAGGACAGAGAAGGGGUGCUCUUACAGGAGCACGGCCAACGCCUCAGAGCCAGGUGCGCAGCAGGUGGCAGCCGGCUCAGCAGGGAGCCCCGCCAAGCCCCUGAUCAGUGUUAGAGCAGACAUGCAUAGGACCUGGCGAGAGAGCUUUCUGGACAAUCUUUGUAUGGCUGGGCUGCAUGUAGACCAGGUAUUUGGGGUCAGUGGUGGGCAGGGCCCCAGGCUUUGCAUCUGCUCAGUGACCUAUGACCUUACCUAA